CCAAUUGAGCCGGGGCACGCCGACAGAUCAAGGCUGCAGCUGCAGGACCAUCUUUUCUCCAGGCAGGGGACCACCGAUCGACCGGCGCCGGCGCCAUGGCUCUGAGCCAGAGCACGCAGCUCGGCCUCGCCACCGCGCUGUUCGGCGUGCUCUCCUUCGUCCUCGCCGUCCUCGCCGAGCUCAAGAAACCGCCGUACGGGACGCCGAUCAAGGGACGGGACGUCGUCGUCUGCCGGUUCCCGCCGGACCCGACGGUGGCGCUGGGGGCGCUGUCGGCGCUGGCCGCGGCGUGCAGCGCGGGGCUAGGCGCGGUCGCCGUCUUCUUCCCCUACGGCGGCAGGCGCGUGCCGAGGAAGGCGCUCUUCGCGCACACCCCGCUCUACGUCUUCUUCCACGUCGCCGUAGGCGUCACGGCGGCCGGCGCCGGGACGACGGUGUGGGCGACGGCGACGGAGGCCAUGCACCACGUCCGGAACGUGCACCGCGACAUGGCCUACGCCUGCCCGACCGCCAAGACCGGGGUGCUCGGCGGCGCGGCGUUCCUCAACCUGGACGCCAUGCUCUUCUGGAUCGUCUGCCUCAUGCUCGCCCGCAACGUCAGGGAGGACUACUUCGACGUCGACCACGGCGGGUACGGGGACGACGGCGUCGCCGGCACGGGGAUCGAAGAGAAGUGAUUUUUUUUUUCGUGCACGCGGUUCGCAACAUGUAGCGUCGGCAUAUGUAACAUGUACCAUCACAUUACUUGUAUAUGUAUUUCGCCUUGUUUAGUUUUAUCCAAAAACAAAAAAAAUUAAGGUCUUGUUUAGUUCCUAAAAAA